AUGGCAAACCGAGCAGCUACACUGGACCCCAAUGUCUUCGCCAUCAGCGAUCUUGAGGUCCUUGGAGGCAAAAAGCUCCCCAAAAUGUAUCGUGAUUAUUACAAUGAAGGUGCCAUGGACAUGAUAUCACUACGUGACAAUGUUGCAGCCUUUGAUCGUUAUAAAAUUUUGCCACGUUCACUGCGCAAUGUCAAAGAUAUCGAUACGUCGACCUUUUUCUUCGGUCACAAGGUAACAUUUCCAUUGGCCAUCAGCCCUUCUGCAAUGCACAAACUUGCCCAUCCAGAUGGAGAACUAGCGACGUCGAGGGCAGCGUCAAGUAUGAAUAUCGGCAUGUGCCUUUCGUCGUAUUCGACAACCUCGCUUGAAGAUGUUAAAGCUCAGGGGCGAGGCAACCCUUACAUGAUGCAAAUGUGCGUCGUCAAGGACAGGACUCUUACCAAGCAGCUCCUUGACAGAGCCAAAGGUGCCGGUUACAAAGCACUCUUCCUCUCUGUUGAUGUACCAGUCCUGGGUCGUCGUCUAAAUGAGUAUCGGAACGAGUUCACACUUCCAGAUCAUCUCGACUUCCCAAACAUCUUGUCAAGUGGCCUGAAAGAAUUCGCGGAGGGUGAAAACUCGCAUGACUACGGUAUUCUCAUGGUGUUCUUUCUGAAUCCAGCAGACGUACUGCUCGCCAUCGAGCACGGGGUGGACGGAAUCUUGGUAUCCAACCAUGGAGGUCGACAGCUCGAUAGCGUUCCUGCCACUCUGGACUGCCUCCGAGAAUGCGCGCGUGUUGCCAGAGGUCGAAUACCGAUCGCAGUGGACGGAGGCAUCCGUCGAGGCUCGGACAUCUUCAAGGCUCUUGCAUUGGGAGCUCAGCAUUGCUUCAUUGGACGCAUAGCUAUAUGGGGACUUGCGUACAAUGGGCAGGAAGGGGUGGAACUCGCGUUGAAAAUCCUGUUAGAUGAGUUCAGGACGACCAUGGCGCUCGCAGGGUGUCGCACUGUGCACGAGAUCACACCAGAGCACCUCACAUACAUUGGACCUAGCGGACUGUUAUGUAAGCUGUAG